ACGACAGGCAAUCAAUCGGUUAAAUCGAUGCACAUGAGGUCUUGACACCUCCACACACCCACCCCUGCACCCAACAGGCCCGUAAGUGGUGUACAGUUCAGUCCCCACACGAGACAGUCUCCAUGUGCACAGUGCAGUACCGACACAAUGAUCGAUCACAUCACCGGACACAGCUCAUGGUCCGCUGCACCGCGCCCGCCGGGCCAGAACAGCCUCGCUCGACAUAUUGCUGCACACGUUCAGGGAUGCACGGCACGCAUUCACCGGGCUGUCAGCGCACACAGUGUGUGUCUGUCAGGAACGUUUGUACCUCAGCAGCAGUAGGGGCGUUGUGGGUGUUUGUCUCCGUGUUGGUUGUGGGCGUGGUGGCUUCCGUCUGGCGCAUGAGCCUGUCGUCGAGAUUGCCGCCAUACAGUUCGGCCUCGUCAACCCAGCUGAUCGACGACCUGCAGUCAGCACAAAUGGAUGGAUGGAUGCCACGAUUACCUUCGUCUGUGGUGGGUGUCACGGACCUCUCUACGAUCCAGUCGAUGACCCGCUGUGCCACGAGCAUUGCCUCGAGCUUCGACUGCACUCGGGAGUCCUGCAGAUUGAAAUACACACACACACAUGCGUGUGUGUGUGUGUGGGGGGGGGGGUAUUCUUUCUUAGGCGUGUGCGGACCGACCACAAGCUUGAGCUUCUUGAUGUCUUGCUGCACUGCACCGUGUCGAUGGUGAUCUGCAGCCCGUCAGGCUACACAGAGACACAAACAGACAGAUAGACAGACAGGCACGUGUACUUAAGCGCAGACUCACCGCCACAGUCAGCCCCUCUCUCUCGGCGAUCUCAUCCACGAUAGGAUAAACGAUGGAUGCCUGCAGCUCCCUGCCCACAAAUACACACACAGGUAUGUGUGCAGUCCAGCAGAGCCGCCCUGUUGAAUGCAAUGCCUACUCACUACACUGUGUGAUGGCGGCUUGUUUCCUGCGAAGGAAGGUACGCAUCAAGUGAAUGCGCUCACAGAUGAAUGGAUGGACGGCCGUUUGUAUCGGUAUCUGUGCAUUCGAAAGUCGAGGUCGGGCUUCACGGCCGUCGCCUGCUCUCAGCCAGACACACACACAUACAUACACACAUGGGCACUGUGAGUGAUGUGUGCGCGUGCCGACAGGCGUCCUGCUGCAGGUACCUACCUCUAGCUGCCUGUACAUUGUCUCCCCCAGUGUGGCGAAUGCGAUCGACGGCCAUACGUCCAU